GUUUCCCUUCGACGUUCUCCAUCGCAACUUUUCUCAACGUUGUUGCCCUUUUCUGUUCGCUCCAUUGACCGGUCCCUGAUCUCAUCCGACGACUACACUAUGGAUUACACCGGCGGCACCGCAGAGGCCGAUCAUCUCUGCGUACUGGUUCAUGGGCUUUGGGGUAACCCCAACCACAUGGCCCAGAUCGCCCAAAGCUUGCGCGCCAAGUACUCCGCCGACAAGCUACACCUGUUGCUUGCAAAGCGAAACAGUGGCUCGUUCACGUACGAUGGUAUCGAGCGUGGUGGUGAGCGCGUGUGCGCCGAGAUUGAGGAGGAGCUGCGCCUUAUCGAGGAGAAGGGCGGUAAGAUCACUAAGCUGAGCGUCGUCGGAUACUCACUCGGAGGUCUCGUUUCCCGCUACGCCGUUGGCCUGCUUCACUCCAAGGGCAUCCUCGACACUGUGGAAUGCAUGAACUUUGUGACCUUUGCCACGCCACACCUCGGUGUUCGCACGCCGCUUCGGGGAUGGCACAACCAUUUGUGGAACGUUCUCGGAGCUCGCACACUGUCCAUGUCUGGCCGUCAGCUGUUCACUAUCGACAACUUCCGCGAUACCGGCCGACCACUCCUCGCAGUCUUGGCCGAUCCGAACUCCAUUUUCCUUGCCGGAUUGAAACGUUUUAAGCGUCACACCCUAUACACCAAUAUCGUGAACGACAGAAGUGCCGUGCACUAUACUACCGGCAUUACCAAGACCGACCCCUACACCAAUAUCGACAAGAUCAAGGCCAAUUUCUUGGACGGCUACGAGGAUGUCAUUCUGGACCCAAGCCAUCCCGUGGCGCCAAAGCCAAAGAUCUCGGAGCCGGCCACACUCUCUUCUGUUGCCGGUGCGGGCUGGAAGUGGAUCCAGCGCGUCCCCUUCGCCGUCGCUCUCACAAUUUUCGUCCCCAUUGGCAUAAUCGCAUUUCUCAUCAGCUCUGUCGUUCAGACUGUUAGAUCAUCGAAACGCAUCCAAUUGCAUGAGAAGGGCCUGGCAGGCGUGGCGAUUGACGAGUACCGCGGCCCGCUGUGGAUGAAGGAGAUUCGAGAGGAAGUGGAGCAUGUAUACGAGACCCUCAACAGCUCCCAGGACCAGCAGUUCCUGGGCAGUGAAUCGGACGAGGAUCUGGACGAGGUUGAGAUGGAUCGUAGCACCACACAGUUGCUGGCUAGAGAGAGACGCAUGUCGAUGCCGUCGCAGCCAACUCUCGCCCUUGCGCCCUACCAGUUCCAGAUGAUCCAGGCACUAGACUCCGUGGGCUGGCACAAGUAUCCCGUUUGGAUUCACAAGGACCGGCACAGCCAUGCCGCUAUCAUUGUGCGAUGGGAAAAGAAGACGUUUAGCGAAGGCCAUGUCGUGCUCAAGCACUGGCUCAACGAAGAGUUUACGGUCUAG